CCAAAUUCCACCGCGUCUCCGGUGACCGCGCGUUGCCUCGAGGUGAUGGGCUCAUGGUGGCGUUCACGGGAUAUGAAGUAUGUAUCGCUUAUUCUGAGCGAAGAUGCAGCACACGAGUGUGUCUACAAUCUGGGGGCCCUUGGCGUACUCCAAUUCACUGACUUGAACCCGGAACAGACACCUUUUCAGCGGCGCUAUGUUAGCUACAUCAAAAGGUGUGACGAGCUUGAACGCAAGCUUCGUUACGUGCUCAAGGAGAUUCAAGCCUUUGGACUUUCGAUAAUGUCAGUCUGUAGCGUAUUGCUUCUCUCCUCCAACACGUGCCUUAGGCCUGGGAGCUCGUAUGAUGUAAAUGUCUCUACAAUGAGGCGGGCAGAGUCGGGCAGUAGUCCGCGGUCUGGCGCUGCUGUGCUCGACACUCUGGAAGCAGAGCUGGAGAAAUACGAAGAGCAACUUUUGGAACUGAACAACUAUUCUAAGGAGCUCACAACCAAGUAUAACGAGAAGAUCGAGUACCAAGAAUGUCUUGAAAAAGGCAAGAGCUUCUUCGAGACGGAGGCGGUGACUAUAUUUUCAGAGGGUGAUGUUGUCAACCCACUUAAUGAUGCAUAUGGUGCCCCAGUCGCUUCAGAGGAUGGCAUGCAGCCCCUCCUGGCAGAUGAUUUUGCAGGCUCAGUCGGUGUUGUGAAUGUCGAGGAAAAGGCACGCUUCGAGCGAAUGCUUUUCCGCUCGACGAGGGGUAACUGCCUUGCACGCUUUGCGGAAGUGGAACGACCGAUUGCAGAUGCAGCAUCAGGCAAACCGGAGCGCAAGAUGGUUUUCAUCGUGUUUUUCAAAUCUGAUGUGAUUGGUACCAUCAUAAACAAAAUUUGUGGGGCGUUUGGUGCUCGCCAGUACCCCGUUCCAGACCACACCGCGCUUGGUGAUUCUGCUCGCCUAAACGCCAUUGUCCGAGAGACAACUGCGGAGCUUGCAGACGCAUUUUCCCCGAUGCUUCUGAAAAACCGGGAAUUGCGCCUUGCGCUUUGCUCUCGCCUAUCACAACGCUAUCGCGAAUGGAAGGUGAUUGUGCUUCGCGAGAAGGCAGUUUACCACGUGCUCAAUCUCUUUCGCGCGGAUGUGAGCGGCAUGCUUCGCGCGGAGGGUUGGAUCGUCGCUUCAGCAGAAGCAGAAGCGCGAGCAUUGGUCACUAGGACACAUGCAGCCAUGGAUCUUGCCGGUGCAUCAAUGCUCUCACCAGUUCCAAAACCAUGGCCAUUGCCACCGACAUCAUUCGAAACCAACGACUUUACUUAUGCUUUCCAGGAGUUUGUCGACACAUAUGGCGUCCCUCGCUAUAAGGAGAUAAAUCCGGCGCUUUUUACGUCGGUCACAUUCCCCUUUCUUUUUGGAAUGAUGUAUGGUGAUAUUGGCCAUGGGACUUGUAUUCUCUUGGGCGGCCUCUAUCUACUCGCGACCUAUCCCACUUUCGCAGCAGGUAAAGCGGCAGGCACGGUGGGUGACAAUGAAAUCCUUGACGGCAUCUACUCCGCCCGUUAUAUGCUAACCAUGAUGGGCGCAUGCGCUGUCUACGUCGGUCUUGUAUACAACGACUGCUUCUCUCUUGCGCUGGCGCUCUUCGAUUCGGGCUAUCGCUGGGGAGGCGCGGAAAAUGGUCUCAGUGGGACCGUGUCUCCUGGAAGUAUAGCAAAUACAACCGCAUCUUACGGCACAGCAAGCAACGUCUACCCGUUCGGCGUUGAUCCAGUUUGGCAUAUUUCCUCAAAUGAACUUCUUUUUUUCAAUUCAAUGAAGAUGAAAACAGCUGUCAUCUUUGGCGUCGCACAAAUGAGCGGGGGCAUCUUUCUCAAGGGUCUCAACGCCCUCUAUUUCGGUGAACGUGUAGUCUUCUGCCUAGAAUUUUUGCCAAUGAUGAUAUUCAAUUGUUGUCUUUUUGUCUACAUGGUGGUCCUCAUUUUUACAAAAUGGGCUAUUGACUGGGAUCAACGCCAGCUAAUGGGCUCAUGUAUAGAUGGGAUUACGUACGACGGACGUGCAUGUACCAGCACGGAUCCACUCAAAGACAAGUGUUCGCUCAACUUCGGCGGCGACUCUGGCGGCUGUGCACCGCCAAAUUUGAUCAAUCAGCUCAUCAACAUCGCCCUUAACCCGGGAACUGCUGACGAGCCAAUGUACGACGGACAAGGAUCUACUCAGUCCGCCCUCCUCGUUAUGGAUGCUGAGAGUGAUGUUUCCCAGGAUGCUGAAGAGGAGCACUCUCUCUCAGAAGUAUUUAUUCACCAAUGCAUUGAGACAAUCGAAUUUGUUCUUGGUAUGGUUUCAAACACAGCCUCUUAUCUCCGCCUAUGGGCGCUUUCUCUGGCGCACACAGAGCUUGCUCAAGUUUUUUGGGAGAAGACCAUGCGCACUGCAAUCAACUCGAACAACGGCUUUUUUAUCUUUAUUGCGUACUCAAUAUUUGCAGUUGUCACGACUGCCGUUCUCCUUGCCAUGGACCUCCUCGAGUGUUUUCUUCAUGCUCUCCGUCUUCAUUGGGUUGAGUUUCAAAAUAAGUUCUUCAAAGCAGACGGCAUUCGUUUUGCGCCCUUUGAGUUCAAUCAGAUCAUUGAAUUCAACUGAAUUGCUCAAUCCGAGUUGUAUGGUCAUAAACAAAAUGCCCACAUCGAUGUUACGUCAGUGUGGUCAAUAGAACACCUAUGAAACAGCUGAACGUGCGCAAAACCCCGGAGCACGCUGCAUUGAUCAAUUUUAGCACGGAUGUAUUUCAGAGAGAGCCCAAGAUGCUGCGCCCCAUCUUGCUUUUAACAUCCACAUGUGGUGCCCGACUGCUGGGAUUUGGACAUGUUGCAGCCUCACCAGGGCUUAACGUGGGAAUUCGGCGGUAUCUAACGGACAUGAGCAAUUCAAAUGCGGCCUAGUUUGGACCCCCCCCCCCCCACCCGGGCCCCCGGUGCCUGAGUAAAGCCCUGGACACGAGAAACCCAACGAAGCUGAGUUUGCGACUUGACCCUGGACACGAGAAACCCAACGAAGCUGAGUUUGCGACUUGGCCCUGGACACGAGAAACCCAACGAAGCUGAGUUUGCGGCUUGCUUGCCCCUCUCCCUAGUCGCCCUUAAGAGCCCUGCGUAAGAGCCCCGGGUCUG